AUGACGUUCAUAUUAACCUUCAGUCAGUUUAUCCUCUACACACAUGUAUUAUUAAACAUGUGUUAUGGUUUCUAUUUUGAUCAAACAGAAGAAUUAGUUGUAAAGACUACUCAUAGUGAUAUAUGUAAAAGAGAACAUCAUUUAAGUUUCAACAAUGAAAUAAUAAAGUUAUGUUUGUUCUCUCAACGUGCUGGUGUUAAUUCUAAAUAUAAUCUUAUAAUGAAUACAUUAAAAGAAGAAAAGUGGGAGGAGAAAUAUAGAAUUUUAAAAGAUAAUACAUUUAAAAUUAUUAAAUAUUUCUAUACAUUUGUAAAUAAAAAUGAAUUAGUUAUAAUAUUUUGUUUUAAUAAACUUAUAAAUAAAGCACCUUAUGAAUGUCAUAGAUCUAUUUACAAAGUGGAUGACAAAAAAAAUGAAGAAAAGAGAGUUACAAUUAAUUAUAAUCACAUAGAUCCUUUAUCAUUAGUUGAUUAUACAUCUAAUCAUUUUGAAUUCUUGGGUACUUCCUAUUUAUUAAUUUGUGGUAUUAAUGAAAAUAGAAAGUUACCUCCAGCUUCUCGUAUCUUUAUUUUAUGUCGUGCUAGCAAGGAUUCUGGUCUAACAUGGGGAUUCACUUUCUCAUUCUAUUACCAGCAAGCCAAAGAAAAUGUUAACUACUCCAAUGUUGUUCCCAAACUUUUCUACAAUGAAAUCGGAUUCAUCUUUUCUUCUUCAGAGAAUUCUUCCAAGAAAUAUAUUAGAUGCACUUAUUUAGAAGGAUAUCACUUCGAUUGUAAUGAUAUAACGUUUAUAGAAGAUAAAUAUUUGUUAGAUGUGACAAAAAUAAGAGGUUAUUAUUUAACUAUUUUAUCAAAUAAGAAAGAUAAAAAUGAUAAUAUAAAAUUGUGGUACAUCUAUAAAUCUGUAAUAACAGAAAGCAUGAAUAAUAAUAUUACAAAUGUUGGAAAAGAAUAUAAAGAAGGGAAUUUAUUUUUAUUAAAUGAUUCAACCGUUUUAUAUAAUUAUGUAAAUGAAACAGAUAGUUAUGUUUAUUUAAUAAAACAUAAAGGAUCUGUAAAACAUUGUACUUUAUUAUAUUUAAAAAAAGAAUAUGCAAAUCCAGGUUUUAUAAAAGAAAUAGUAAAAAAUCAAACUAAAUUAAUAAAAGAUAAUGAUCAUAAUAAUAAUAAUAGACAUGUUUGUAAUAUUAAUUAUGAUGAUUUAUCUGUUAAUGGAAAUGAUAGAUAUUUCACUGUAAGUGUAUAUAACGGUGUAAAGACAGAUAUCAAAAGUUGUUUUUAUUUUAGUUAUGAUAAUAUAUUAGAACCUGUUAAUAUAAUAAAUAAAAUUGUUAAAAUAUAUGAAUAUAGUAAUUAUUCUGUAUAUGCAUUUUAUAUUAAUAAAGAUAUAGAAUCAUAUUUUCUUUUUAAUAAAAAAAUGGAAUGUUUUCUAGGAGAUAAUUUCUAUAUAUAUCUAAAUAUUAAUUUUAUAAAUACAUAUAAAUUAGAUAAUUCAUUUGAUACGAAUGAAAGAGUAAUUAAUUUAUAUCCAGAUAAUCUUAUUUAUUAUAAAAUACCAAACAAUAAUUAUAAAAAUACAUUCUUAUCAAAUAUUCAUUUCCCAUCAUAUACAAAAUAUAUACAAGUAAAUGAUAAAGAAUAUAUAUUCAAAUUACCUUCAUAUAUUGAACAAGAUAUUAAUACAGAAUUAUUUUUUCUUCAGAAGGUUAAUAAGUUUUAUAAAAAAAAAACAAUUAUUCAUAAAGGUGGUCAUAACAAUCAAUUAGUUUUAGGUAUCGAUUUUUCAAAAAAAAAUGAUAUCUGUUCUUAUGCAUAUUCCAAAUCAUCAUGUGAGUAUACACAUAUAGAUAUUAAUAAAAUUAAUAUUAAAGUUCCUAUGAAUCAAGAUAUUACAUCUGAUAUAACAUUAGCAAUAAUAUGUCCAGUAAAUAAAAAAAAUCAAAACGUAUGUUUUCAUCAUACAUAUGACAACGGAAAAAAAGUAUUAAUUAGAGAUCAUCUAUAUGAUAGAAAUGGAUAUUUAAAUGUAUAUCCUAAAAUUUAUAUUUAUACACCUCAAUUAGAUCACUUAUAUGAAGAAUCCAAACUAGUUAUAAGAAAAGAAUUUAUUGAAAUAUUUAAAAAUAAUAAAUGUAAUUAUAGAAAUGUUAUCUUAUGUAAAUGUUAUGCAAAUAAUAUGUACUAUGAUAUUACAUUUAAUUUAAUAUAG